GCUCGGAAUUUGGGAUUUGAAAUUGGACAGUGGCCAAUGAGUGUCCCCGGAGUUAGGAAUAUGUGCCUGGAUAUCCCACACUACACUUUUACACUCUAUGGAGGGGUUGUGGAGAGAAAAUGGUAAGAAGUGACCUCAUCGGUCGGUCGAUCGGUGCCCAAGUGUUGAAUCGGUGCAGUAUUUAUUGGGCUUGAGUCUGCUUUGAUCUUGUGUUCUUUUAUCUGUCCAAGUGCCAUCUUUGAUAUCUUUUACGGAGUAUUUAAUUUAAUAUCCUUAUUUCUCUUCUUCUCCUCUGAUCUAAGCGCUUUCCCCGCCUACCAUUGGCACUAGUCCCCCUCAUCGCGGCUAGCGGUUAAUUGGCAUCUUCUUUGCACUUCAGCCGGUCUUCUUCUCUUCUUCUCUUCUCUAUCUCCCUUUAAUCAUCUUUAAUCUUUCUCGUCUUCUGAUUUAUCUACAAAAGCAUUCAAAAUGGCCACCCCUACCAGUCCCACGGCUACCCUCCCCACCCGUUCCUCGACUAUCCGCAGCACCGCUACCGACACGGCUACUCGUCGGACAUCCGUGAGUGAUGACGAGGCCAUCCCGGACUCGGACAGCAGUGAGACGACAAACCUCCUCGUCGAACGUCUCCGGGCUUGGAAGCACAUGUGCGGAUACUUGGAGGAUUAUGUUAGUGUGACGGCCAAGGUGCAGAAGUCGCAGUCGAAGGACUAUGAGAAGAUUCUCAAGUCCGUUAGCGACCCCUUGAAAGAGGGACACCACUUCUCUCAGAGCACCGGCGGUAUUGCGAGCCUGUUGGAGAACAUCCGGGCCAACACUCAGGGAAUUGUGAACAUGCACUUGGACACCGAGAAGAACCUCAAGGGCUCUAUCCUCCCCGUUCUCGAGCGUCUGCAUAAGGAAAUCAAGGCCAAGGGGAAGGAGGUGCAGAGCGGUGCGUCCAAGGGUGCCAAGGCUGUCGACAAGGCUCGCGGUGUCACGCAGAAGCAUAUCGAGCUGCUGGCUCAGCAGGUGGCAUCUUUUGAUUCGGCGGCUGGAAACAAGUUUGAUCAUUAUCACGACCCCUACCUGCUGCGUCGGGGGGUCAACCACCGCCUGAACAAACAGGUCAUCGAGGAGAACAACAACCGUCAGGACAUCAUCGCGGUGCAGAACAACUUUCAGCAGUUUGAAGCACACGUCAUCCAGACUGCCCAGGGCGCUCUGGAACAGUUCUUCACAUUCAUGGGCGGCCAGCUGGACCGCCAGAAGAACAUGUACGCCGACAUCCUGGGCUCCGCCCAGCGCGUGCCCCCAGACUUCGAAUGGGUCAACUUCAUGACCCGCAACGACCACGUCCUCGUGAACCCUGACUCCCCGCCCCGCUCCCUCUCCAAUAUCAACUUCCCCAACCAAGACCACCGCGCCACAAAUGCCCUCAUCGAGGGCUCGCUCGAACGCAAGUCCCGCGCCAUGAUCAAGGGCUACAACUCAGGCUACUACGUCGUGUCCCCGGCGCGCUACCUCCACGAAUUCAAAGAUGAUGACGACUUCCGCCGCGACCCCGCCCCCGAACUCUCCCUUCACCUUCCCGACUGCGUCAUCGGCGCCAUCGAUGGCACCAAGUUCAGCGUCAAGGGCAAAGAUGUAUCCGGCAGCAAGGUCGGAAACGCCUUCCACACCACCACCGAACUCCAAUUCAAGGCCCACACCCCCUCCGACGCAGAGAAAUGGUGGACAGUCAUCAAGGACGCUUCCCGCGGCCCUACCCAUGUCAAUACCUCCGCCAGCACAACCAGCACCCCUGCUUCCCCCGCCGUAACGACGCCCGCUACCCCCGCUGCUGAAAGCAGUGCCGCUGCUGCUACCCCUGCGGAGAACCACCCGCCCGCCUACAGCGAGAAGAACGGCGAGCAAGCCGGUGCUGCCGCUGCUACUCCCUCGCUCGACACCAAGGCUGCCACGGAGUCUCAGGCUCCAGCCCAGACGCCCACCUCGCCGGCUCCUACUACCGGCUCUGGUAAUGGACAUUUCCACAUGGGUCCUGGGGGUAGCGCUGUUGGUGAGGGUGAGAAGAAGGCUUGAUUUUCUUUUUUUGUGUUUUUUUUGUGUGUGUAUGGUUUUUUUUUUUUUUUUUUUUUUUUCCUUUUCUUUUCUUUU